CUGCACUGCGCGUGCCCAAAGCUCUUGAAGACCAGCAUCCCUCUUCGAAUCUUGACAAACAGGCAGCCCGCUUUUGCUUUUGCUUUUGCUUUCCAGAUCUGCUCGAGACACAGACGCUGCCGAUUCUUCUGGACCGGCAGACAACCAAGCGGCGCAAAGCCACCACGGCGCUCCUUUCCACUUGGGCGCAUCCCCUUUCGACGUGUCGGUGUCACCUGGUCGCGCGACCACGCCUGCCGCAAUUACCCAACCUAAACUGACCUACCCCGGACGCCACCAUCGCACCGCAAGGCAACCAGGGCUUAGCUCUGACCUCCUCCCGGCCUGGCAAGACAAAAGCAACCGCUCCGCCAUUUUUAAGGCUGUGUCUACACGUCACAGCUCAACGCCCUCGCUCGAAGCGCAAUUGUGGUUGUGCUCCUCUGCCCUUACGCCGCCUCCCCGCGUCUCACACCACACACCACACAUCAUGCCGUCACAACGCCGAAUGAGGCUCUAUGUCCUCCUCCUCGCCCUCGCAAUCAUUAUCACUCUCUACAUGACGCGAUCGAGCUCACAAACACGCACCUCUCCAUUCUAUGUCAAGACACAGGAAGCGCUCCAGGCGGCAGAGUACGUGGAAGCGUCCAAGCAGCGCGACGCAGAGAAGGUGGGCUCGCGCCUCAAGGCCGCCGCAGACGAUGCGCGAAAGGCGGCCGAGGAGAAGGGCAAGAAAUUUGUCGAUUCGGUUACUGGAGGCGACGCGGACAAGGCGCCGCGAGGCCGGUACGCCAACAGCAAAGACGGAAAGCAACAGCCGCUUGAGGGCGUGGCUGUGGUUGGCGGCAGGACGCAGGACAAGAAGCCGGCCAAGGAGAACGAGACCGAGGACUACCACGAAGCCGAGGUGGAGCUCAACACCAUCCUGAAGAAGAGCCCAAUCAUCAUCUUCUCCAAAACCUACUGCCCGCAUUCCCGGAAAGCCAAACACAUCCUCCUCCAAACGUACGACAUCGACCCUGCACCCUACGUCGUCGAGCUCGACGAGCACCCGAUCGGCCUGAAGCUGCAGGAGGUCCUCGCAGAUACGACUGGCAGACGGACGGUACCUAACGUGAUGGUCCUCGGGCAAAGCAUUGGCGGCGGAGACCAGAUGCAGGAGCUCGACGAGACAGAUACCAUGGCCGAGACCAUCAAGAAGCUCGGCGACACCCGAAUUACCCGCGUCACGAGGCGCUCGCAGCAGUCGGAGAUGCCUCGUGCAAGGCGGCGCGUAUAGAAAACACGUUUGUUCUAUCGUUGUGACAUUAUCGCUUUCGCUUCUCUGUGUACAUAUAUCAAUUGGGAUUGAUGAGGCCACGACGCGGGUUCCCAUGAGUGGCGCAUCGUUAGGCUGGUUGCAUCGGGACCGGAGGUUUGGGGUAGGGGUUCUGUCGUUCCGGACUUUUUCAGUGGGUAUACCCGUUCAAUGCGAUCAUGUUGACGUUCUUGCGGUCGCAGUUGAGUGAGUUGGAUUCGGUGACGGCCCCGGGGAGCGGCAAUUUAACAGUUCACAUUUCACGAGGCGAAUAUAUAGUGAACACGUCUGUGUACAGCCAAGAAAAGAGCGACAACUGGGAAUUGGCAG